AUGAGUCUGCUGAGGCCCAGCGGGCUGAAGGCCCCCACCAAGAUCCUCAAGCAUGGGAGCUGGGCCCUGAAGACACCCUCGGCCGCGGCUGCUCCCGUUGAGAUGACCGUGCCUGGGGAGAAAAACCCCAGCGCCCCCUCCUCGGAGAUGCAGGAGGAGUUUGUGGGCGACUUCCAGGUCGGGGAACGAGUCUGGGUGAACGGGAACAAGCCUGGAUUCAUCCAGUUCCUCGGGGAGACCCAGUUUGCCCCUGGUCAGUGGGCCGGGAUCGUCUUGGACGAGCCCAUCGGCAAGAACGACGGCUCGGUGGCGGGUGUGCGCUACUUCCAGUGCGAGCCGCUGAAGGGCAUCUUCACCCGGCCGUCCAAGCUGAGUAGGAGCUUGCAGGCCUACGAUGAGACCAACUGCCGGCGGCCAGCGCCUGCCGCCUGGGCCACACCGCCCCUGUCGGCCUCCCCGGCCCUUGCCGGCACCACGAAGGUGCCCCAGUCCCCCGCGAAGGAGUCACCGGCCACCCCUCACAUCAGCAGCCUGACCAGGACGGCCAGCGAGUCCAUCUCCAACCUCUCUGAGGCUGGCUCCCUCAAGAAAGGGGAGCGGGAGCUGAAGCUCGGGGACCAGGUGCUGGUGAGUGCCGAGCUCACCAAGGCCAGCGUGGAGAUCCAGGGGCACCACGAGGAGGCGCCGCAGGCCCUUCAGCAGCUGCUGCUGCAGUGGAGCCAAGGCCACGCACCUGUGGUCAGGCGGGUGAACCUGAACGUGCUGCGCGAGUUCCUGGACAUGUGCGCGGGCAGCAAGCUGACAGUUGGGGCGGGCGGCGGCCUCUGGGAAAACGGGAGCGACCUGAGUCCUUCUCAGCAGGACGAUUACAGCCCCGCGUCCAGGCACUCCCCGCUGUCCCCGUGUCAUGUAAAGCUGCCACCCGAGAAAUUCGUCCCGAAGAGGCAGGGUGAUGGACAGGACCUGCCCACAGGGGCCAAGAAGCUGCCGCUGGACUCAGCCGAGGAGCUCUACGCCGAGAUCCGAGACUGCAACUUCAACGCCGUGGGCGCCGUGCUCAGCAAGAAGGCCAAGGUCAUCUUGGCCGCCUUUGAGCUGACUGGGGCCUGGGGCCAGGCGAUUGCCAAGGGCCCCGGCGCCCUCACCAAGGUCCAUCUCUGA